AAAUAUAUACUUUUUGCCUUGCAUUUGUAUAUUUAAAGCAUUAACAUUAUAUAACAAAUACUGUUUUUACACAGUUUUUACUUGACAGAUUGCCUUUAGUUUGCAUAAAAUAGGAACACGUUAUUAAUACAUGUAUCUCAUUACUGCAAUUGGUAACAUAUGCGAGAAAAAAAAACAAACAACAAAAAAAUCCAGUUACUUUACUACAAAUAGUUUCAUUCCCCGCAAUCUUAAUUGUGAUCUUACGGGUCAUACUCGUUUAUGAUGAUACAGCUAAUCUUUAAAUUCUGUGCGUGAACUUUGAGUAAAAUGUUGUUCGAAAAUAAUAUUUAUCUUUUGAGUGCAUUAUAAUUUUUUAUUACCAAAUUAUUUUGUUUAUCGCGAUCCGGCUGUUUACCCGUCACAUCCGAUUUGCUUUUAUAACACUGAUAUCGGAAGACGAGUGCUGAAUAUCGUACGAUAUGUAGUUGGGUAUUUUGACCUAUGCGAUUGUAGUAUAGUACUCUACUGUUUGUCACCAGUCUGUUUAAAGAGAGAGUUCAGAUACAAUAUGGUUUUAAACAUGAAAUGUGAUAACGCACAAAGUAUAAAGAUAAAUUUCUUAAAAACGCUUUAAGACAAAUUUCCGUUUAAACUGUGGGAGUAUUAAUUUUAUAGAGGAUUAUCGCGUUAGAGAGUUGCUCAGAUAGAGGAAAAGGUUUAUCUAGCUUGAUCAGAUGUUGGGCUCCGCAAGGAACGUCUUUGUACGGUAGAAAACUCAACAACAAAUAAACUGUAUGUAGUUCUACUGGAUUGGAAUUCGUUGCAAAUACCUUUUGAUCACAGUUGACAAGCUACCAUAGCAGACAGUGCAAUAAGUGUUUUGAAUGAAAAAGCAGGAUACGAAUGGCAUGGUCAUACUUUGCUGGAUGAAUUCUAAUUUUCAUGAUGACAACAUGAUGCUCUCUUUUGGAUUUACGUUAAAAGUGUAGCUUUUUAGUCAGCGAUUCUUGGUGAGAUCUUAGUCAUAUAGGUGUAUGUUGUAAAAAUAUUUCCUAAGAUUUUGCUUCAAUUUGGUCAGCAAUGCAGCAGAUUUACGCGGCAAUCUCUCUGAAUCAAAGGACGAUACUAUGGGUGCUCGGGCUUACAGUCAUAUGUUACUACAUCCUUAUGGACGGUGUAUUAUACACGACCCUUCAAUCAUUGGACCUAGUCAACCAGAAGCCCGUCAAACCCGGGGCGUCGUGGUCACCAUUUCAUCCACUUUCUAUAAAGCUUAUCAUGACUGACCCUUCAACACAUUAUAUCAUAACGCCAUUGUCCGAGCAUUUCAAUAGUGCUACAAAAUUUAGUCAAAUAUUUUACUUUAUUACACCAAAUAUGGUCACUUUCACACAUUUAGUUAUAUCGUUUAUAUCUGCCAAAUUCGUAUUCUCAGAAUCUCUACAAAUGAGACGUAUUGGUGUUUUGUUAUUUGAACUGAGAUCAUUUUUGGAUGCGUUUGAUGGGACAGUGUAUCGCAGCCAUGCAUCAAUAAAAGCAUACAAGUCGGAUCAUAGCAAUUUUGGAUUUUGGUUCGACUGCGUUGCAGACACCAUAGGUGGAUUCGCUUUAAUGUUCGGAGCACUAUUUUUCUUGUGGUGGAAGUGUCCACCUGGAACAGAUUCAUCUGCGACGUCACUUCCGUGGUCAGCAGACGACAUAAAUGAUUCCAAAACCGACCUAGUCACAGAGAAACCAGUCAAAAGAACUAAUUUCGGAUAUAGCAAACAAUACAUAUUUUUACGCUGUCUAAGUUUUGGUAUGCAAAUUGGCUUAUCUUCUGCAAUAUGGGAUCAGCUAACUAUGCGUUUUGAAAAAGUAUUUCUAACGAAAUUCGACGAUCCGGAAUUAGUGCAGUUACAGUCGGUGGCCUUGCACUCCACUACUACCUGGGUUGUCUUCUGGUUAUGGAGAAAUCUGUGUGGACAGUCAUUACAACAGAUGUUCCUUGUUGCCAUUUUCACAGAUAAGAUCUGGGAAUUUUUGCGGUUUAUGCAAUAUGUUGGUUUCGUCUUAAUUGGUCUGCUGGCAGCAUUCAGUUUCUAUCAUGUAACGCAGAUAAAGAUGAUUCUGCAUUUAUGACAGUAGAAACCUACGAAUGGAUAUGGACUGUCAGAAAGAUCGUAUAAAAACAGGGAAAUAAAACUGACGCUACUAAUUGUCGUAGUAAGUUUCAAGGGGAAAAAAAACUUGGGAGUGUCUACAUUGUCUAUUAAAGGUGAAAAUGUAUGCGGAGACGAAAAGAACUGUACUCGUGACCGUCAUCGGAUGCCCUAGAGUGAACUUUAUGCAGUUUAGCUACUAAAACGUGAAUAUUCUAUCCGUUUUCUGGCACAGGAAUUACGUGCAUUUCCUAGUGUUCCAUAAUGUUGAUCUUUACUGAGAGAUAUAUACUAUGCAUACAGCUACAAAGUAUAAUAGUCACACUGCUCACAAGGCAAGUUAUAUAACUCUGGAUUUUAUUUUGUGACAGCAUGCAAGUUUAUUUCUCAGAACUACUUGACCAUCUGUUUCGAAAUUCUACAAACAAUCUUUGGCAGCAUGAGUUGACCUUGCAUGACAGGUUUAAUAACUCUAGCGUACAUUUGGGCAAAAUUAUGACCCGUUUUCACUUAAUUUGAAGUUUUGCAUGUAAGUAGGUUUCACAGGACUAUGGUACUGAAUGCUUUAAAACUCUUCAUACGUCUUUGGCAUCAUGAAAUGGUCAUUCUGAGCCAGGUUCCAUUUCCCAGACUUACAAUUUACAAAUGCCUCUAUUUCAACUCAGAAAAUGUUGCUAAUGCGUUUGUAUGCGUAAGCUAGUAAUACGAGGAGGGUCUUAAGCGUGCUGUCGUUAGACAACUCUUGUCUUUAAGUAAAAUCGCACUGUCUGUGCGUGCGUGCGUUCGUCCGUGUAAAUUCUUGUCUGAGCUGUAACUCUACCAUCCAUAAAGGGAUUUUGAAAUAACUUUGCUUAAAUGUUCACCACAAAGAGACGACGUGUCAUGCGCAAGAUCACGACCCCUAGCUCCAAGGUCAAGGUCACACUUAGAGGUCUGUUUCGUGUCCGGUCCAUAACUCUGCCAUCCGUGAAAGGAUUUUGAAAUAACUUUGCAUAAAUGUUUACCAUAAUGAGACGAUUUGUCAUGUGCAUUAGUUACUAAUAGUGACAGCUCUUGCUGUAGAAUAGUUUCAUCAUAAAAGCGUUAAAAAUGAGUAAUGUUGCCAAAGUGGAACUACUAGAACUGUAUGCGCAGUAAUGUACAGUUAAAAUUUGUUCCUUCAAACUUGAAAACACAGUACAGUAGAGUAAAACACUUUUUCCUCGAACAUGUUAUGCCCACUCCAGUGACAAACAUUUAAACUUGUUUAGGUGCAACCAAAUGUGAAACAAAGUAAAACAGGGACAGGAGAAAUAUUGUACAUAAAGAAAAAUAUGAAAGUUACAAGGACGACUUUUGAAUAGUUUUAACCACUUAUCUAAGACAGUUUUACGUUUUAUUGCCACUCAGAAUUAUAAGUAUUUGUUUUAGCCAUGUAGUUGCCUUUUUAUUGUUGUUUUUUUGUUGUUUUAGCGAUAUAAGAUGUCAUAGUCUAGUCCUAUAAAUGUUAUUGAUUACUAUUGCAGAUUUAUAUUAUUUCAUAAAAGAAAACAUUCUGCUUUACAAAUAAAAAUUAACCCAGUUAAGUUACAAUAAACAUCUUUAAUUUAUGAUAGGUUUGUGUUAGAACUUAACUAUUAGUAUAUGAAAACAACUGCCAAGAUCAUGUGCAGAUCUUUAAUCCAAGACUGAUUGCUACAAAAAACAUUACAAGACUGGUUUCUACAAAAAGACUGGUUGCUACAAAGAAACAUUGAUUGACUCAUAUUAGAAUGAUGUUGCUCAACCACUAUCACUGUUUCUUUCCCAUUGUUUUUGAAAAUAAGAUCGAGAUCAGUUACUUUUUGUUAGGAAAAUAGAUUAUUUACAUAAUUGUCAGAUAAUUUUACCUAUUUUUAGCUCACCUGAGCACGAAGUGCUCAAAGGUGAGCUUUAGUGAUCACCCUGUGUCCGGCGUCCGUCGUCGUCCGUCCGUCCGUCGUCAACAAUUUGACUGUUAACACUCUAGAGGUCACAUUUUUGGCCCAAUCUUAAUGAAACUUGGUCAGAAUGUUACCCUCCAUAAAAUCUUGGACGAGUUCGAUAUUGGGUCAUCUGGGUUCAAAAACUAGGUCACCAGGUCAAAUCAAAGGAAAAGCUUGUUAACACUCUAGAGGUCACAAUUUUGACCCAAUCUUAAUGAAACUUGGUCAGAAUGUUACCCUCCAUAAAAUCUUGGACGAGUUCGAUAUUGGGUCAUCUGGGGUCAAAAACUAGGUCACCAGGUUAAAUCAAAGGAAAAGCUUGUUAACACUCUAGAGGUCACAUUUUUGGCCCAAUCUUAAUGAAACUU